AUGUUAUCCCCUCGCAAAGAACCACCCCAUAAUGCUAGUAGGAAUAGAGCGGCCGCAUCUCCCCGCACCUCCACCGCAAUUCCGUUAAAUGGCCUCUUCAUCAACGGCACCUGGUGCUGCAACUGUCCCAACCGUCCGCCGGCGAUUAAGCUCCAGACAAAGAAUAAUGGAGUUAAUCAUGGGAGAUGGUUCUGGACGUGCCAGCAACCACAGCAGAACGCAAACCAACGAUGUAACUUCUUUCUCUGGGCAAACGACGCGGAGGUUAGGGAGAAGAUUGUCGUGCUUUCGAAUUCAAAAUCCGAGACGGAAACUUCAACCACUGAGGCAGGAAUGAAUGGCCCGACGACACCAUCGAAGCGGUCCAGGAUGUCUUUCGGGGACAAGGGUGAUAAUGGGAACGGGCUGUUGACACCGCAAACGGAACGCAAGAUACGGGAUUUCUUCACGCCGGUUUCUGGGACGAGGAGUGCGAGGAUGACAAUGAUAGGGGAGGAUGAUACUGAGCUGUUCAACAAUGACGAUGAUGAUAUUGGUACUGGGAAAGGGAUGUCGUUUAUGGACCGGUUGAAGCAAGUCCAAAGUGGGAAUGCUGGUGAAGAAAGCCCGCGAAAAGCUUUACGAACAGCGACGACUACCUCACCCGGGAGGCGGAAGAUAUCUGAUAUUGUUGAUAACGAACGUCUACAAACCCAACAAGGCCUAUUCGGGACUCCAUCGCAGCCGCAAAUAUCACCAGCGCAAGCACAAUCCUUCUCACCGACACAGCCCCUCACCCAACGCUCUCCGUCAUUCUCAUGGACACCGAACCGCGCUCCACCCUCCUCCGCAGAAAUCUGCACGACGCCCACGCCUACGAAAUACAAGAAUGUACUCACCUCAUCGCCCUCUUCUUCUCAGACAGCACAGCAACGAUCGGACCUCGCGAAUCAGGCAAUAUUUCUUCUCGAAUCUCAAUACGUGAUAAUCCCCCACUCGACACAGGAAGACCUCGUUGAAUUGCUGAAUAAAUUCGACUUGCGGAUGAAGGGAAUUAGCCGCGGGCGGGAUAUCUCAAGAGAGGUGUUGAAGAAGAAAGAAGAGGAGAUUAUGAGGUUGAAUGAGAGGCUUAAGAAUUUGGAGAGGCAGAGGGAGAUGGAUGGGGCUGCACUUGGAGGUUGUUGA